GGGGCAAAGGUGUAAGUUUGAAACCAUAUGGGUAAUAACAAGUGCAUACUUCCUCCGUCCCACUAUAUUUGUCCACUUUCAUUUUUGCACACCAUCUAAUACACUUCUUUAAUCCAUUUUAUCUUGUAAUUUGUAUAUUAAAAAAUUAUAGAAAUUAUAUAUUAAUAAUCUAUAUGUUAAGACAAAUCAAACAAGAUCACGCAUGACUAUAUUUAGGCUUACACAUUGAGAGAAUUUGAUGAGUCAAAGUGCUUAGAUGAACAGUUCCAAAAGUCAAAAGUGGACGAAUAUAGCGGGACGGAGGGAGUAUUUACCAAACUGCGAGGAGUAUUUGUGCAAUAAACUCGUCUUAUUUAGGUUUAUUAUUUUUCCCACAAAACCCACUUUUCAUUUUNAAGUUUGAAACCAUAUGGGUAAUAACAAGUGCAUACUUCCUCCGUCCCACUAUAUUUGUCCACUUUCAUUUUUGCACACCAUCUAAUACACUUCUUUAAUCCAUUUUAUCUUGUAAUUUGUAUAUUAAAAAAUUAUAGAAAUUAUAUAUUAAUAAUCUAUAUGUUAAGACAAAUCAAACAAGAUCACGCAUGACUAUAUUUAGGCUUACACAUUGAGAGAAUUUGAUGAGUCAAAGUGCUUAGAUGAACAGUUCCAAAAGUCAAAAGUGGACGAAUAUAGCGGGACGGAGGGAGUAUUUACCAAACUGCGAGGAGUAUUUGUGCAAUAAACUCGUCUUAUUUAGGUUUAUUAUUUUUCCCACAAAACCCACUUUUCAUUUUCUUAACAAAUUCUAACAAAAAAAUUACUUGUUCAAAACUUUUCUUAAAUUUUGUGAAAAUCAAACACGGAAAUUUUUUAUACUCUCUUCGUUACAAAUUAGAUUAUACAAUUCGAAGAAUGUGCAGAGCUCUGUUCCUUUUAAAUGUAAUUUAUUUGAAAAUUUGUAUUGAAAUAAAUAAUGUAAUGAAUAUGCAUUAACAUUUCCACAAAAUAAAUGGUGACAAAAAUAUUUUAUUUUAUCAUAAAGUUACUAAAAAAUAAGAAUACAAAUAUAAAAUUGUCAAAAGAUUAGAAUAGUAACUCUGUAAUUUAUUUUGGAACGGAAGGACAAAAGUGGUAUAUUAUAUUUGUUGCACCACGUUUGCCUAUAAAUAGGAUCGUUCCUCAUGGCCGAACUACACACCACAAUCAUAUCACAUAUUCUCAUUUCUUUGUCACAAAAUUUCCUCAUUUAAUUUAUAUUUUAUAUAAUAAUAAAAAAUAAAUAAAAAUCCGAAAGAAAAGAUGAAGAAGCCCUGCAGCGUCAACGUUCCGAUCGCCGUUAUCUUCAUCUUUAUGAUGCUUCUCUCUACCAAUGAAGUAGGGAUAAAGGUGGUGGAAGGGAAGCUGUGCCACUACAGAAGCCAGAAGUGGACUGGGCCAUGUGUUUUAGGGCACGACUGCCACAAGAGCUGCCUCGGUCAGGGCUUUGCUGGGGGCCAGUGCCACGGCCUUCGUCACCUUUGCUACUGCUACAAAAACUGCUAAUCGUUAAUUAAUUAAUCUCCUUUUAAUUAAUUACGGAGUAAUUAAUUAAUUCCUCCUUUUCAUAAUCGAAUAAAAUUAAAUAAUAAGAUUUUCGCUUUUCAGCUUGAUGUACUUAUUGUGUUGUAAUGUUGCAUAUUGACAUUCCCCAUGUCUCAUGUGUUUAUUAAGUAUUGUAUGAAUAAUAAUAAGUAAAAUAAAAGGUCUGCGUUUGUGGUUGAUUUUCUUAGUUUUUAUUUUGUUUCAUACAUUCACAAUAGAACUAAACAAUUUAG